UGCUGUCCAGUUACCUUGCCUAUUUCAACACUAUCCCCUCACUCAGUGCUUACCUCAGCGGUGUUGGGAAUUCUGCUGUGAUUCAUCCGUCUUCCUUCAGCUGAGUGACGUGAUCUCUUCUGACAGCUUCACUGGGAUAGAAAGAGAUUUUUGGAGAACUUAAAGAAUGAAGUUGCCUUUACUAAUUUCCUUCCACAUCAAGAAAUCUGAAAAAAUGGGAUUUAUACAUCUCUCCAGCCAGCACUGAAAACGAAUGGGGAUUGAAUUGCUUUGCCUCUGUUUCCUAUUUCUGCAAAGAAAUAACUGUGUGCAAGGGACCUGUACUCAGGAAGGCGCAGUGACUUGUGAAGAUUGUUUGCUUUCCGGACCACACUGCGCUUGGUGUUUUCAAGAGAAUUACACGGACUCGGCUGGAAUUCAUGGGAGGUGUGAUACCCCAGAAAACCUUUUGUCGAAAGGAUGCCAGCUGAAUUUGAUUGAAUUUCCCAUUUCAGAAGUAGAAAUUCACAGAAACAAGCCCCUAACUGUAGCGGCCCAGAAGAACAAUUCUGAUGUCACACAGAUUUCUCCUCAAAAAUUAACUCUCAGGCUGCGACCAGGACAUGAAGAAACAAUACAGAUCAAGGUCCGCCAAACUGAAGAUUAUCCAAUUGAUCUCUAUUACUUGAUGGAUCUUUCAGCAUCCAUGGAUGAUGAUCUGAAUACAAUUAAAGAACUGGGUUCAACUCUUUCCAAAGAAAUGUCAAAACUGACAAGCAACUUCAGACUGGGGUUCGGAUCUUUUGUUGAAAAACCAGUUUCACCGUUUAUCAAAACUACAGCUGAAGAAAUAAACAACCCUUGCAGAAGUGUGCCAUAUGAGUGCUUGCCCACCUUUGGAUACAAACAUGUUUUGCCACUAACAAACGAUGCUGAAAAAUUCAAUGAAAUUGUGAAAGGACAGCGAAUAUCUGCUAAUAUAGACACUCCAGAGGGAGGAUUUGAUGCAAUUAUGCAGGCAGCUGUUUGCAAGGAAAAAAUUGGAUGGAGGAAUGAUUCUCUACAUUUGCUGGUGUUUGUGAGUGAUGCUGAUUCUCAUUUUGGGAUGGACAGUAAACUGGCAGGGAUUGUUAUUCCUAAUGACGGGAACUGCCAUUUGGACCACAAUAAUGAAUAUUCCAUGUCAACUGUUCUGGAGUAUCCUACAAUUGGACAAUUAAUUGAUAAACUUGUGCAAAACAAUGUUUUAUUAAUUUUUGCUGUAACGAACGAGCAAGUUCACAUAUAUGAGAACUAUGCAAAGCUUAUUCCUGGAGCCACUGUUGGACGACUACAGAAAGAUUCUGGAAACAUUCUCCAGUUGAUCAUUGCUGCAUAUCAGGAGCUGAGGUCCGAGGUGGAGCUGGAAGUCUUGGGGGAGACGGAAGGGCUCAAUCUCUCUUUCACGGCCAUCUGUAACAAUGGGACUCUCUUUCCACAUCAGAGGAAAUGCUCUCACGUGAAAGUGGGAGACACAGUCUCUUUCAAUGUGACUGUGAGUCUUUCGUCUUGCGAAAAAACCAGAAGGCAUAUUGUGAUAAAACCAGUGGGGCUCAGUGACACACUGGAGAUGGAAAUUCAUCCCCAGUGCAGCUGUAACUGUCAGGUGGAGGCCGAGAAGAACAGCCCGAAAUGCAACCAGGGGAAAGGAUCGUUGGAAUGCGGGGUGUGUGUCUGCAGCCCGGGGUACACGGGGCCACACUGCGAGUGCCACGAGGGCUCCCUGGGCACCAGCUCCUGCAAGGGCUCGGCGGAGCAGAGCUCCUGCAGUGGGAGAGGAGACUGCUACUGCGGGCAGUGCGUUUGCCACCCCUCCCUCUACGGGAAGGUCUACGGGCCACGCUGUGAGUGCGACGACUUCUCCUGCGUGAGACACAGAGGGCUCCAGUGUGGAGGCAAUGGUGACUGUGACUGUGGGGAAUGCCUGUGCCACAGUGGAUGGACGGGUGAAUACUGCAACUGCACAACUGACACCGGCGCCUGCGUUGCUGAGGAUGGGACGCUGUGCAGCGGGAGAGGCCUAUGCGUCUGUGGGUCGUGUGCUUGCACCCACCCGGGGGCUUUGGGCCAAACGUGCGAAAAAUGCCCUCUCUGCGGGGACCCUUGCAGUUCCAGGAGGAGCUGUGUGGAAUGUCACUUGUCUUCCGAUGACAAGUCACUGGGAGAAUGCAGCGAAAAAUGCAAAUUGGUUGAUGCAACUGUCAGCACUGCAGAAGAUUAUUCGGAAGAUAAAGAUAAAUCCAUUCACUGCUCUUUGCAGGGGGAAAGCGAAUGUAUAACCACAUUUCUACUGGCUAUGGAUGAACAGGGAAGGACAGUCAUUCAUAGCAUAGAACAGAAAGAUUGCCCACAGCUUCCAAAUAUCCCGAUGAUAAUGGUGGGUGUCACCCUUGCUAUCCUUCUCAUUGGCGUUGUUCUACUUUGUAUAUGGAAAUUGCUGGUGUCAGUUCAAGACAGAAAAGAGGUGGCCAAGUUUGAAGCAGAAAAAUCAAAAGUGAAAUGGCAAACGGAAACAAAUCCACUGUACAGAGGCUCAACAACCACUUUUAAAAACGUAACUUACAAGAACCAAGAAAAACAAAAAGGGCCCAUGGCUGCAGAUUUCUAUUAGCACCUCCGACACUACAAACUUAGUUUUACUGGCAGGAAAUGCAAGAGCACUUGUUUCUUCUCAGCUGAUUAUGUGAUAUUUGUUUGCACGUUGCAGUAGUAUAAUCAUCUGUUUAAAAAAAUGGAUCUUGUGUUGGGAAGACUAUAGAUAGUGGUAAGGUUAACUAGAAAUAUUAAAAAAAACCAACUUUAAUAUUAAAGCCCCCCAUCUUAAAGAAAUAGCAUCACAAAUACUUUUCAUUUUCUCAUCAGUACUGAGGAUUAAAAAUUAUCAUGUGUAAGACUAUUUUUGUGAAAUUAGGUAUAUACAAUGAGAUGUAUACUACUUUGUUCAUACACACAAUCCUAUGUAUUUGUAUUUAGGAAUGUAUUUGCAUCGUUUUAUUUGGUGGGCUAAUCUAAAUUUAAAAAGAUAACUUUUCAUGAAUGUUGCUUUAGCUGCUGAGGUUAGAGGUUCCCCAUCUCACCUGUGUGACUGAACACUUUUUCAUCAGAAACAAGUAGUGUUAUUUCCUAUCUUCUAUGUAUCUGAGAUACGCAGAAACUUCUCUCUAACUCUUCUUUCUUGUCCUAUUUCCCUCUUUCCUUGUCCUGGUUCCUGUUUGAUGUUCUUUAAGAACCCAGUCCCUGGUGUUAUCUCAGGGAAAGUUACAUCAAUCCUUUACUCACUUGCAGAGUUGUUUUCUGUUCCAGGCAUAGAUUGCCUUUUUUUUUUUUCCCUUUAAUUUCUAAUAGAGAGGAUUCAGAGCAAAAGAGGAGUAUUUGUGAAUCAGAGACUCCAGUAGAGAAACUUUAAACCAGAGGAUUAUCAGAAUUCAAUUUCACCAUUUACAUCCUGUUUAGGCACUCAAAAUAAACCUCACACGCUGGACCAUUACAUGAACCCUUUACCUGCCCUUUACAUGCAGGAAAAGUUCACACACAAAGAACUCAGUAUCACACACAAAGACAGUACUCUUUUGAUGAUAUAUCGAAAAUUGUGAGGUUCUUUCAAUGCCCAGCAGCCAAACCAUUUGUUUGUAAAAUAAUGCAUUCAGCAAUUUUGGGCCUUUUAUUUUUUUAUUCCAAACUAAGCAACAAAUAAAUCUAUGGAUUCCAUUUCAUAUUCAUUUCCAUGACACUAAUGAGGAUUUUGAAAUCUCAAUUUUAGCUAGUUACUAAUGACUUGCCAUAAAUUCUUAAAUUGUAAUGCUGUUAUCAUGCACGGCACUAGAAAAAAAAACAACAAACAACAAAAUGAGCUACCACGCUGGCAUAAAAAAUUACAUCAGGCUAUUUUAAGCUAACAAUUUACUUUUUAAUAUCACUUUUCCUCUGCAUUUUUUAGUACUCUGGAACAGAUGGUCAAAAUGUACAUAUGAAUAUACUUACAAAAGAUGACUUAGAAACUAAAGGUACAUCAACACAGUCACAAACAAACAAUUAUGUACGUUCCCUAUAUAUAUAAAUCAUAUACUUGAUCUAAAAAUCUUCAUAUCUGUUUUGUAACAAAUAUUUGCAAAAUCUGUGCAACUUCAGUCUCUGUGUCCUCUAAUGUUCCUGGAUGCGGGACUGAUAUAUUAGCCAGCUCUGACCCAUGCCUGUUUUAGGGCCUGAUCCAAAGCCUACUGGAGUCAAUGGCUACAGACGAGGAUCUAGUUUCAGUGAAACUAUUAGUUUUGGUUUACAAAGAUUGUUUUGUUUAAACAAAGUGGUUAAUGCUAUCUAUUAGUGGAUUAGAACCUAUAGUAUAUAUUUCUGUACAAAGAGAAAUAAACACUAUCAGAUGCCUUUUAAAAGAAGGUGAUGGUAUAAACAUGUAUUAAAUUCAAAAUGAUUGCAAGGUGAAGGAAAUGAUGGCUGCCGUUAAGCUGGAACAGAUUAAUUACAGGUUCACAUCUGUACUCUUCAGUAUUCCUGCAUAUCUCAUAGUGGAAACUCUUCACAGACAAAGGUUUGCAUCUGCAGCCCUUCCAAUCACUAGACUCCCACAGAUGUCAGUGCAAGUUACACUUGGGACCAAAUCCUGUUUUCCUGGCACAUGGAUAAACUUGCAGGAGGCAAAGCUGACCCCCGGAUACUAUCUCUGAUUCCACUUGAGUCAGGAUUGCCUAAGAGACUAGGGAAAUCUGGAUUUAGCCCAUGUAAAUUAUCUGUUACUUUUAUUUUUCAUGUAGAUAUCUCUAAAAGAAAUGAAAAUGUUUUUAUUACUUAAAAGUAAUAAAAAUCUAUACGUUUAUUAAAUACCUUUAAAGAUCUGUUUCUGAGAAGGCUGAUUCCACUGCUCAAUAUUAGGGUUCUUCUCUAGGUCACCCAUUUCAAUAUUGAAACACAUUUCAGUAUUCAAAUGUUAUUAACAAAGUGGUGUUCAUAUUUCAUAUCAAACACUUGGUGGUCUACAUUCCCUGUUCUUACAGGAGAUUUCAUUUCACAAAGCUACUCACUCUCUUCCUAUCAUUUGCAUCUUCUGAUCAUCAGAAAACACCCCAUUUGGUAUGUAGGCAAUGUUUACAGUCCAAUUAAUCCUCCAAAUUGUCAAAGAUGUACAGAAAUCAGGCAGUAUGGUUUAUUUCAUUUCCUUUCUGUGAUUGACUGUACUAUAAAAGUUCUGUGCGCCUUCAAAAUCAUCAGGAUGGAAAUCAUGCAAAUAACUAAGAAUUCAUCAGAAGAGAGGAAAUAGAUGGCCUUGGUGAGGAAGGUCUCUAUUAUUAAGGGCUAUCCAAGAACUAGGCUCAUUCAUAUGAGCCAUUCUUUUAGCAGCAUUAAUUUAGGUCAUAAAUUUUGACUAAACCCUCAGAUUUCAAGAACUUUCAAGGUUUUACUUGGCAUUCACCCUAGAAAGAAGAGUAGUGUUCAUCUUUUUUUUAUUGGCUAUAUGAUUUUUAUCUUGUAACGUUUGUAUCAAAGUUCAUUUUUAGUUUUUUUUUUCUCUAUCAAAUUAUGAGUGGGGUUUUGUGUGGUGAGUGGGAUGAAAAUGUCUUUCUGCUGAUUCCAAGAAUAUUGUUUUGACCUGAGGCUGGACCUUGACAGUGGCCAAAACAUUUUUAAUAGUAAUGCUUCUAUUCACUGAAGAGUUAAACUAAAUAAAAGCAUAAUCAUUAGAAAAUUUAUGGUAUUUGUGUAUCUUUUACACUCUGUAGAAUGGUAAUUUCAGUAAUAUACGUUAAAUGUGAGUAAAUUUUCAUUUGAUUUAUAGAAGUUUCAUGUUAACCUGUAUUGUCUAUGUUCAGACUGCAUCCAACUUUAUUUUGUAAUAUAAGUAGUGGGUAAUGGGUCUAGGAACUAAGGCUCAGAUGCCAAGUGCAAUACUCUCCAUGUGUUGUCUAGCAUUAUACGCAUGUCUAAGUUUGUUUUGCAGUGAGCAUAAGGGAAUUAUUGCCCCACAAAACUUAUCACAUGCAAUCUGAAAGUAAAGAAAGAUAACUUUUUUCAUUGUCUGUUUGUCACAACUUGU